CCCUGUUUCCUUUGAAUACAUCUGUUUCCUUUGACUUGGAGCCUGUCUUACUCCAACCCUAAGAACUACCAUACAUAGACUUGGAGAGAGGCUUGUUAAAAGCAAGGAUGUUUUUUUUCUCUCCUUUGACCUCCGCCACUCCUUGCAAACAGUAAUGGAGAAAGACCUGCUUAUUGGAGAUAACAGCUGUGUGAGCUAUGGAAGUGACAGUCUCCUCUCUCCAAAGACUGCACAAGAGACAUCUAGUCAUUCAUCUCUUUUUGAAGGAGCUUCUGCACCUCCUUAUGAACUGAUGAACAACAGAUCUAUAGAUGAAAAGCAAGGUUCAGGAGAUAAUGGAAACAAAUCUUUGUCUGGUUUACUUGAUCAGAGCCCCCCUCGACAUCUAAGUGACUGGAACACACUCUCCACCUCUGAACAAGAGAUUAAAGAUGCAUUUCUACAGUAUGCAACCGCCAAGUUUUGCUAUAGGACUGCCCCUGCAAAGAGUAUAAAAGUCCAGAAGCUAACUCCUCUCAACACAUACAGAUAUCGGUUAGAGACUUUCACUGAAAGUAGAGAGACAUCCUUGGCUAGUGAAAAUUAUUAUGGUGGAUUCGUGGACUCAGCUGCUGUUGCACCCCCACCCACCCCAUGGGAAAUCACUGUGGAUCCACCUCCCCUGUUUACAGACUGUGAAAUGCAUAUCCCGGUACCCCACUCAUAUUUGCUGGAGAAUUGCCGAAACUGCAAUGGGCGUGGUGCCAUCAUGUGCCAAUCCUGUAAAGGAAAGGGCAAGAAAAAGUGUUCCAUUUGUAAUGGGAGUGGGUUGAAUUCAGCAGAAGACAAUGCCUGCUCGUGGUGUUUGGGUACAGGAGACAACCGUUGCUUCAGUUGUCGUAGCAAUGGGUGGCUCAUGUGUUACAGUUGCAAUGGGAAAGGCAUGUUGCUAUAUCAUACUGAACUUUCAAUCACAUGGAAGAACAAUAUUUUAGAACACACAGCAGAGAAGGUUUCUGACCUUCCAUUUUACCAUUGGCAGGAAGUAACUGGAAGAAAAAUACUUAGUGAUGAGUAUAACUUGGUACUUCCCAUAACGGAUUUCCCAGAAUCAUCCAUUGAAGACUAUUCAAGGACAUGCAUUGCUCAACACAAAAUGAUGUUUGCUUCUGAUGAGCAUCGAAUCUUGAAACAGAAACAAACAGUCGAGGUGGUGCCACUCACAAAAGUUGAAUAUGAAUGGAAAGGCAAACCCUAUUCCUUCUAUGUCUUUGGCAAUGAGAAUAAGGUAUACUGCAAAGAUUAUCCCGCCAAAUGCUGCUGUUCUAUCCUGUGAAGAAGAACCACUUCAAUGACAGUCCCCUAUCAAAUGACACAGCAGAGAUGCUGUUCUCUGCUUUCGGUUCUCCGCAGCUUCUUUCAGGAUUCUUUCUGGGCAAUGACUAUGCAAAAAAAUGAUAUUGAUUGCUCCAUCCAGAGGAAUUUGUGGCUAAGAUUGUUCAUGAGUUUUAUUAAUGCAGUUGGAAAAUGAAGGAAACUACUAGUUCUAGUGCACCUUGAAAUAGCAUGUUAGUACAUUUCACUAUUCCAAUAUUUAGUUUCAUUUCAUGAGCCCCAUUUGGACAUUUUCUACCCGAAGUACUCACCACGUGAGCAGUCUGGAGAAGCCCUGCCUCAUCAGCAUUGUGUGAAGGAGGCAAGCUUUCCCACAAACAGGUGUAUAGGCAGGCUUCUACACCAGGCAGCAUUAUGGGGUCCUGGAUCUCAUAGCAAUCAAUGUAAAUACAAUCAUAUGUACUGUACAUCUUAAAAAAAAAAAAAUAGGGCAACUGAAUAGCAUGUUGCUUCCUAAUUUCAAGGGACCCUUGAGUCUACUGAGCUGCUGAGAUUAAUAUGCAAUUGAGACCAGAGGUUUUUCUUUUGGGACUG